GGAAAUUAGGGUUUAUUUAGUAUUUUAUUCUCUCUCUAAUCUUCUCCUGAACUAGUGGCUUUCGGGCUUCAAGCUUCUGGUUCUAUACUGUUGAACUAUUAGACUGCUUUCAAGUUCAAGGCGUUGUAUGAAGAUCUCGCAAUUCUUGUUUUAUCUAAUCAAGGAUGAAGUACAUUGUUUAAAGAUUUUGCAAUUUUUGUCUCUUGUAAUGGAAUGAGAUCUUUCUUCCCUUCGUCUGAUCUUUGAACUUCAGCUGAUUCAAAGAGGCUUCUUCGCUGAAAAUGGACUGUAACAAGGAUGAGGCCUCUAGGGCAAAAGCAUUGGCAGAGAAUAUGAUGCGGAAAGGUCAUUUUGCCAGGGCUCAGAAGCUUGUAAUGAAGGCUCAGAGUCUCUUCUCAGGUCUUGACAGCCUACCACAAAUGUUAGCCGUAUGUGAUGUCCAUUGUUCUGCCGACAACAAAAUCAACGAUCUUGAGAACUGGUAUGGUAUUCUUCAAGUUAUGCAUUUUUCUGACGAUGCUACAAUCAAGAAGCAGUACAAGAAGCUCGCUUUGCUUCUCCAUCCCGACAAAAACCAGUUCCCCGGUGCAGAGGCUGCUUUCAAGUUGAUUGGGGAAGCAAACAGAUUCCUCGCUGACAAGGAAAAACGGACUCAGUAUGAUAUCAAGCGCAGAAUCUAUUCACGGGUUUCUAGCCAACAGUGUGCAGAUGCAAACAAUGCCGGUGACGUUAACAAAGCUAUAUUCUGGACAUGUUGUGAGCACUGUGGCUGUAAGCAUAGAUACUUGAGACAAUAUGUGAACACGAAUAUGUUCUGUUCCAGUUGUCAAAGAUCCUUCAUGGCCUACAACACUGGAUUUAAUGGAGUACCGCCUAAAUCAAGCACUGGUCAAAAAGAAGUUCGAAAUCAAGGGGCUUGUAACACAUUUGUGAAUAAAAAUGUGGAUUCUAGUGGUGCUCAGACUGGAAAUGUAGCAGCUGAGAUGGAUAAAAAAGGUACUUUUAAAGAGAAAUUCAACAAGAAGAGUACUGCUGAGCCACCCAAAGCUGAUGGUUUGAAAGUACAACCUGAAGUUACAAAAUCAGAAACAGAUGCAUCAAAAUCUGUACCGGAUGAAUCAGUUUCAAGGUGUGAUCAAGCACCCUCUACGAGCAUGGACAAAAAAAGGAAGCGAAAAGUUGUUGACGAUCAUAGUGAGAGUACUUAUGUUGAUUCAAAAGAUAAUAAUAGGAGGACAUCUCAUAGGAAAAGUCGGCAGGCUUCUUGUGCAGACAAGGGAAGCAGUGAUUCUAUAAGCCCUCCAACAAAAAGGUCAAGAUCAAGUGUUGGCUCAAAAUCUGAGCGAACUAGGAAAAAUCAAAAUUGGGGUGUUGGAUCAAAGAUACGUCUUGGUUCUGGUGGUUCUUCCGCCUCUUCACGUGUCUAUAAUGGAAAAGUUAAGAAAAAUGUGGAUUCUGGAUAUCAAGAAAUCUCGGCAACCAAAGACAAAAAGAGUCAAGGAUCUGACGCACGUGGAGAAGGGAUGGGUAUGGCAGGAAAAAUUGACAAUAACCAUAAAGCUAAUGAUAAGCCUAUUACGCAGGAUUCACCUGAUCCAGACUUCAACAACUUUGAACCGACAAAAAGCUGUUUUGCUGUCAACCAGGUGUGGUCUCUGUAUGAUUUGACUGAUGGUAUGCCUCGGUUAUAUGCUCGAAUAGAAAAAGUGCUCGCUUCUGAGUUCAAACUGUGGAUUACGUGGAUCGACCCCUUACAGGAUAAUAAAGAGAACUCCAUUCCCAUUGCUUGUGGAAUCUUCCAAGAUGGGGAGUCACAGGAAGUAGACGAUCCUUUGAUAUUUUCUUGUCAGAUGCGUCACAUACCUCGUGACAAGAACAUAGUUAUUUAUCCAAGAAAAGGAGAAAUUUGGGCAGUUUUCAGAGGCUGGGAUAUUAGUUGGAGUGAUAGCUCGGAAAAUCAUAAACGAACUUAUGAAUAUGACUUUGUUGAAGUUUUGUCUGAUUUUAAUGACGUGAUUGGUCUUGGAGUGGCCUAUCUGGGAAAAGUGGAAGGGUUUGUUUCCCUAUUUCGCCGAGAUGCGAAGUGUGAAGUUCUCCAACUUCAAAUUCCACCUAGUGAGAUGCUUAGAUUUUCUCAUAAAGUUCCGUCAUUCAAAAUGACUGGAAAGGAGAGAGAAGGUGUUCCUCCUGGGUGCUUCGAAUUAGACACUGCUGCUUUACCUAAAGAUAUGUUCGAGUUUGAUAAUUCUAAAGUUGAUGCUGGGUUAGAUAGAGGAAGGCGGAAUGGUAAAACUGGUGGUCUUUUUUCUGAGGCUUCCAAGGUCGAAGUGCAUGCAAAAACUACGCUAGAGAGCAGUCUAUCUCCAAAGAAAUGUCACAAAAUUCAUGAAAAUCACAGUUCAUCAUCCAAAGCAGCUGAUGGAAUGAGCACCAAUCAUGUAUUGAACUCAGUGAAGAAGUCCAGAAAGAGUGUCAAAGCAGUGGAUGACUUGAAACUGCGAAAAUCUCCUCGUCGUUUGAGUGAAACAAACAACCAAGCAACUUCAAGGUCAGGCCAAGAAAAAGCUGAGAAGAAGAAUGGUAAUGAUGGUGAAUCCUGUGGACAGCCAGAUGGGUUUUGUUUAUCUGAUGAGAAGAUGGCUACCCCAAAGAAACCUGAGAAGAUUAUUGCGACUGAUUCAAGAAUCAGAAAAACACCUCGAGAACUACACAAGCCCACAGGAAACUCAAAGAAACGUGGGAGAAAUGAUGAGUCGUUGUCUCAGUCCAGAGGUAAAGGUUUGCCGACUCGGUUGAAUGGUGCUAUAAAAUCGUCAGAGCCAGAGACUCAUGGACCAUCAAGUUGCACAACUAGGCAAGUAAACACUUUUAACUUCGAGAACCAGAGAUCUGCGGACAAAUUCCGGAUUGAUCAAAUAUGGGCUAUAUAUAGCAAUGACAAAGGGAUGCCCAGAAAGUAUGGUCAGAUCAAGAGAAUCGACACAAGUCCUGAGUUGAAGCUACAUGUAGCACCUCUAGAGCUGUGUCGCCCUCCAAAUCUCAUGACACAUCCCGUGUGCUGUGGCCGCUUCAAGUUGAAAACUGGUAAAGCAGAAGUGCUUGUGCCUAGCAGCUUCUCACAUCAGGUUAAAGCCUUGAAGAGUAAUAUAAACAGAUUCGACGUAUACCCAGGGAAAGGUGAGAUUUGGGCUCUGUACAGGAACUUGAAUGCUGAGACUGAAGAAUUUGAGAUUGUGGAAGUAGUGGAAACCGACGAGCAGAGCAUACAAGUGGCGCUUUUGACUGCUAAAGCGUUUAACAAGCUUUUCUAUGGAAGGAGUCAAGAGUUAAAGGUUGGUUUUGUUGACAUUCCAAAGAUGGAAGUGAGUAGAUUCUCGCAUCAGAUUCCGGCGUUCAGACACGAGGGAAGUGCGACUCGGUCUGGAGAUGGGGAAUGCUGGGAGCUUGACUCUAAAGCAGUUUUUGAUCUCAUCACAAAGAACCCAUGAGUCUCUUUCUUUUUGUUAAUCUAACAUAUAUGUCUAGUUGCCAUACAACUCAUUGUGAGGUUAAGUUAGAAUUUAAUGUUAGUGUUGAGGAAAUUAGACUCGGCUGAAGCAAUAAUAUCAGUAGU